CCGAGGUGGUAGCACUUUCUUCUAAUUCCAAAUCUCCUUAUCAGAGCAAAGUUUUAAAAGAAGCCUAUGGCAGCCUCUAUUCCUUGUUCAUCCUUGAACAAAUUCAACAAAGAAGAGAGGGAUCAUGAAAGCAUAAAAAAGGUUGAGAGAAGCUACCAAAGAUAUAGAGAGAUAAUCUCGACCCUUCCGAAGGAGAAGGGCUGGAUAGCUGAGAACAUGUGCCUCUACGAGGGCUUCUGGUACCAACCCAUGCAUGGCUUGGCAGGCGUCAUGUUCGCCCAGGAACAUUUCCAGGCUCGUCCUGACGACGUUUUAUUGAUCUCGGCACCUAAAUCUGGCUCGACGUGGCUCAAAGCCCUAAUUUUCGCCGUCAUGAAGAGAACUUGCUACGCCAGUUCUGCUCAUCCUCUUCUCACCACCAACCCCCACGAUUGCGUCCCUUUCUUCGAGUAUGAGCUUUUUCAGAAACCUCCAGUUGCGGAUGUUGACGGCAUACCCUCUCCUCGCAUAUUCGCAACCCACAUCCCUUACACGUCGUUGCCUAAGUCUGUUCUGGAUUCUGGUUGUAAGAUUGUCUAUGUUUGUCGGGAUCCUAAAGACGUGCUGAUAUCGAUGUGGUAUUUUCUGGCCAAGGUGAGAUCCAAGGAGCUUCCACCCCUCUCUUUGGAAGAGGCAGUUGAUUUGUUUUCUAGAGGGAUUUUUGGAUUUGGACCGUUCUGGGAUCAUGUGCAAGGGUAUUGGAAGGCUAGCCUGGAGUGUCCCGAGAGAAUUUUCUUCAUAACUUAUGAGCAAAUGAAGAGAGACACGUUUGUGAAGGUGAAAAGAUUGGCAGAGUUUUUGGGGCAACCUUUCUCGAUGGAAGAGGAGGGGGAGCGGGUUGUGGAGGAAAUUAUAGAACUUUGCAGUUUCGGUAAGUUGAGGAACUUGGAGGUGAACAAAAAUGGUUCACGCAAUCAAGAUUUCAAGAAUGAUGCGUUCUUUAGAAAAGGUAAAGUUGGUGAUUGGAAGAACCAUCUAACUCCUCAAAUGGUCGAGAGGCUAGACCAGAUUACCAAUGAAAAAUUACCUGGCAUAUUUUGACUAGUACUAGUAGUAUUACUGGUGUAUGAUUAUACAUUGCUAUGGCAAGCGAUAAGCGAGAAUCUCUUGUUCUCGUGGUGGUUGUUGUUGUUUGUGUGAUAUAGUAAGCGAGAAUCUUUCGUUCUUGCUGUUGUUUGCGUGAUAUCUCUCCCGAUAAUAAGCGAGGAACUUCUUGUUCGAUCUCGAGGUCGUUGUUAGCGAUACCUAUCCCUAUGGUAAGUGAGAAUAUCUUGUUCUCGUGGUGGAAUUGUUAGGGAUCUCUCUUUCCCCAUAAUAAGUGGGAAUCUGUUGUUCUUGGGGUGGUUGUUUGUAUUUAUUCCUAUCAUAUUAUGAAUGUAAUAAUUGAUUUGCAGGAAGAAAUUUACGAUUAACGUUUU